AUGGACCCGAUGAAUCAAUCCGCCCAGAUAUCUUCGUCGCAGGGGAUUGCCGAUGGACACAAUUCCGCUGCCAAAGACUCAAAGAUUUCAAUGAAGGACCUGAUUCACUGGCGGGACCCCAAGAAGUCGGGGGUGGUGUUUGGAGUGUCCAUGCUGCUGCUGCUGUCGCUGGCAGCCUUCAGCGUCAUCAGUGUGGCCUCCUACCUCCUCCUGGCUCUGCUCUGCGUCACCAUCACCUUCCGCAUCUACAAGUCUGUGGUCCAGGCCGUGCAGAAGUCCAGCGAUGGCCACCCCUUCAAGUCGCUCAUAGAAAAGGAUGUCAGCAUUCCUCCUGAGACUUUCCGCAAGCAUGUGGACUCCAGUCUGACCUACAUCAACCGAGCACUGAAGCAGUUGAGCCGCCUCUUCCUCGUCGAGGACCUGGUUGACUCCCUUAAGUUGGCCGUCGUCAUGUGGUUGCUAACCUACGUCGGCGCGGUCUUUAACGGCAUCACCAUCCUCAUCCUGGCCGACAUCCUCCUCUUCGCGGUGCCCCCCGUCUACGAGAAGAACAAGACCCAGAUUGACCAAUACAUCGAUCUGGCGCGCACUCAUAUCAACUCGACCAUGGCCAAGUUGCAAGAGAAACUUCCCGGCGCCAUGAAACGCACCAAAAGUGAAUGA